UCAAAACGUGUACCUUUUUUUCCCGAUUAUUUAAUCUCAACAACGAUAGUAGUGUAGUGUAGUGUAGUGUAGUGCACACUCAACUGAAUCUCAUUCUUCUCUUCUUUUGCACCUGAACCCACCAACCGCACCCCCUGUCCCUAACACCAUGAGGCCAAAGAUUUAUCUCUUUGGUGAUUCAAUCACUGAGGAUUCCUUCGCUGUUGGAGCAUGGGGUGCUUCUCUUGCCAACCAUUUCGCUCGCUCGGUAGAUGUGGUGCUCAGAGGGUAUAGCGGGUACAACACCCGGUGGGCACUGAAGGUGUUGGACAGGGUUUUCCCUGCGUCAGAGGGUGGUGACGGUGGAACUGCGCCGGUUGCAGUGACCGUUUUCUUUGGGGCUAACGACGCUAGUCUUCCUGAUAGAUACUCUGCAUUUCAGCACGUGCCUAUUCAUGAAUUCAAGCACAACCUUCGCUCCAUUGUUUCCUUCUUCAAGAAGCAGUGGCCCACAACUCAUGUUCUCCUGAUAACUCCUCCUCCAAUUGAUGAUGAUGCAAGAGUUAGAUAUCCAUUUGUAGAAAAUCCACAGGGUCUUCCUGAAAGGACAAAUGAAGCUGCUGGUGAGUAUGCUAGAGCAUGUGUUGCUGUGGCUGGAGAAUGUGAAAUUCCUGUGGUUGAUCUUUGGACCAAAAUGCAACAGUCCCCUGAUUGGAAAGACUAUUUAAGUGAUGGUUUGCAUCUGACUCAAGGUGGCAGUCAAGUUGUUUGUGAGGAAGUAAUCAGAAAGCUGAGAGAUAAAGGGUUGAGUAGAGAAUCUCUGCCAGCUGAGCUUCCACUUCUCUCUGAUAUUGAUCCUAGUGACCCAAUGAAGGCAUUUCAGUAGUAAUAGGAUGAUAUAUGACAAUAGGGGUGGGGGGUUAUUGUACUCUUUUCCUUACUAAUGAAGGACAUGUUCAUAGACUAUGUUUUAUGUCAUAAUUUCUGGACUGUUAUAGCCAUUCUCUGCAAGUCUCUUCCUGUGGAAAACAAUAUCCUAAAUAAUUAGUCGGGAUAUUUUUUUUUUGUUUCAAACUACUGGGGCUGUUUCAGUUUAUUUCCUUUGAUGAUUAUGGUUGUAACUUGUAAGUUGGCAUGUAAUACUUUUUCUAAUGUCAAGUUUCUUUUGUCAAA